AUGGCCAGUUUGAUUGGACAGCUCCCGGUGUGGAUCGGCGCCACCUUGGCCACCUGGGCGAUUUGUUGGUCCGUGAUGAGCCCGGAGGCAUGUCAAGAGUCCUCGACGUGCACCAAAUAUUUGAAGACCUAUCCAGGAUACUACCACAUCGUCUCAACGGCGGCCUUGGUGGCGAUGGCUGGCCACGAGAUCUGCGGCCUCAUUGCCACCUAUUUGGGCUCUAAGCAGACCCAAGCGUUGAUUCCUCAUUUAAAGAGCCGCUGCUUGCCCAGCUUCCUGUUGGCCUUGAUGUUCGGCGUCCUGGCCACGGCCGAGCGCUUCUUCAGCCGUGCCGACUGGACCAUCGCCCACAUCGGGCCGAACGCCGAUGGGCUCACGGCUCCGGGACGCCCCGUCUACACGAUGCAGUACAUGGAGUGGGGCAUCAACGUGCCCAUCCUCAUGAUCUUGUCUGGCUACUGCAGCCUGGGCCGUCCAGUCUUGGAGGUCUCGCGCCCGCUGAUCGUGACCAACGUCUAUGUGAUUUUCUGCUGGGCGGCGCAGGUCACCAGCUCGGGCCUUCUGAAGUGGAUGUUGAUCUUCGUCUCCAUGGCCAUGUACGGCUGGGCCUCGGUGGACAUGCUGCAAUGGGUCAAGGACUUCGAGCGCUCCGCACCGCAGGACCUCCCCAGCCGAGGCAUCCGUCCAUGGCUCUCCAACGGGCUGAUCUUGGCCUUCGUCCUCUACGGUGUGGUCUACAUGUCCUCGGUGAUGGGCCUGGUGGACGCCCACGCCGAGCGCAAGGGCUUCUUCGUGUUGACCUUCGGCGCCAAGAUCGCCUACUGCGCCGCCUUCGUCUUCAUCCGCGCGGACGAGUAUCACAAGACCCUGACCGAUGUCCUGCGCAAGGUGAGCGUCUCCAACGUGGGUAUGAUCUCCAUCCUCCGCGGCAGCUUCGAUAUCAUCCUGCCCUGCGUGCUGGAUGCCGCCGGCCGUUGCAAGUUGCCGGGCGCCAUGUGUGGAGACAUGGAAAAAUUGGAGAAGAUGCUCGGGACGCGCGUGUUGGGCGCCAACCUGAAGGACCUCUUGGCCGGAGAAGAAGACAAGUCGGACUUCUCCGCCUACGUUCGCAACGUGGUCCGCCAGGCGGAUUGCCCCCAGGGCACCGAGGUGAGUCUGUCCACCCAAGGCAUUUGGACCUGCUCUGGCGGUUCCAUGCCACCCAUCGCUCAAGUGCUGCACAGCAAGAUGCUCUCGAAGACCUCCCAGGCGCGGCUCUCGGCCACGCUGCACCUCUCCGUGGUGCCAAGGAGCGCGGUGAGCCAUGGCAAGGAGCGCCAUCUGGUGGCCGCCAUUCAGUUCGAUGCCACCAUGGAUGAGUCCAAGGAGGCUGACUUGCACACGGGUUUCGAAGACUUCAAGGUGGAGGAGCACAGCUCCAUUGGCGGCUCCACGAAGCUCUCGGAGGGCUCCGCCUCCGCCAUCGUGGCCAAUUUGGGCGACCUCACCAAGCUGGGUGCCAGCGGAAUCUUGCAUGGCACCUCCGUGCAAGAGAGCGAUGAAGGCAGCCAAUACUGGGGACCUUCGAUUUGCACGGAUGACACGAUGUCCCACCUGGGCGCCUUUGCCGACAUGAAGCGCGACGCCAAGACGCCCUUCUCUGGCGGCUUCGACGCGCGCAUCGCCGGAGUUUGGCAAGGCAAGACCAGCAAGGCCUUGGGAGGUUACGACCAGCGCAUCGAGUUCCACAACGACUGCAUCCACGCGGCCGUCACGGUGAUGGGAUCCACCUUGGAUGCGAAAUUCCGCAUGAACUGCUCGGUGGAACCCUGGCAACUGGAUAUCGAAGUGCUGCCCCAGGGCAGCAGCUGUCCUCCACCGGCCAUUCCGUACAUCUUCAAGUUCGUGGAGGGUGCUCUUCACCUCUGUGGCCCCAACAACAGCAAGCUGCAGCGUCCCACCAGCUUCGAGGGCGAUGGGCUCUGCAUCAUGCACCGUGCCAUGCCCCUGGUGCCGGCGGUCGUGGCGCAGCCACGGCAGGACUGCGCGCUGACGCAAGUGUCCUUCGAGCCGGAUCCGGAGUUCAGCCGCAACGUCACCGAGGAGCAGCCCACCAAAGUAUCCAGUGGAAAGGACCGUGGAGCACCCUUGGAGAUGGUCGUGCUUGUUUCGCAGGUGUUUCGGAGACUCUUUUUGUAUCUUUUUGAUUGUGGUCUGCAAGGAACACUUAGAGCCCGGACAACUUCAUUCUUGGUGAACAUGCGAACGGGUGGUCAAACCGAUGGAGCCUAGGCUCCAACGGCGGCUUCGUGCAAAGCUCCAUCGGUCAAACUGGGGAUACGAUUUGCACCGCGAAGGCGAAACAACAAGGACCUCAUCAAGCCGAAGAGCAAGGGCAUGGUUCAUUGGAUCGAGGAGCAGCCGGCCAUGGCCGCGUCCAUGGCUUUGGCACUCACCAGUACCAUCAUCGCCCUGCGCAAAUCCAUCUGAGCACCGGUUUGGAUGCUCUGAAGACGUCCGAACUGGCGGAAAGAGUGACAAACAUGGCUUUGGAAAGGGUUCUGGAGAAAUCUCUCCGAGAUGGUGAACCUGCUUUUGGGAGAUGACACAUAUAUCCUGGACGCAAAAAAGGGGAUUUUUCGACAGGGAAGAUGAUUUGGGAGGACGUUUGUUGUCCAGGGAGGACGUUUUCUUGUUCUGCUAAGAUGAGGUCUGUUUCUUCUGUGAUCAGGCACGACUUCACAAAUGAGGUUGCCGGGUCUCAAGAGAUUCAGCACCAGGUUCAAAACGGUUUCAGACCAAAGGCAGCUGACAGAAGGGUGGAGACCAGUGGGUCUCAGCUGACCUGUGUGUCCUGUUCCGAUGGCUGUGGAAGCCUCUAGUUCAUGGCUGCUGAUAGCAGGCAAAUUUGGUUCCAGGAGGACUCGCACAAUGCCGAACAUUUGGUC